UCACCCUUGGAAAAGGAAAAGGAAAAGAAAAAGAAAAAAAAAAGCACAAAAAACGAAAGAAAGAAAGGAGAACACUCCAAAAGCUCUUUUCUUUUUCAAUUCUUUCGGUCUCCCCAAUUUGCUUCUACGGAAGCUUUGUUCUGAUUCCCCACUCAAUUUUGCGUGGAAUUAGGCUUAAAUUGAUGUCGAAUUGAUUUAUUGAUGAUUAACCGAUCAUUGAAAGAUUGUGAUUGAGCUUAAUUUGUUCUUGUUUUGGGUAUAAUUUGAUUGAAAUAUGGUGUCGGCGAAUAAGGAAAUGGUUGUCUACUGCUUUGAUACUUUGGUAGCUCACUACAACAGAGAACAAGCUCCUCCUCCUGCUUUCGAUGAGGGUCAACACCCAUUGUUUGUGACUUGGAACAAGUUGGUGAAUGGUGGGGAGCCUCGUCUACGUGGAUGCAUCGGGACUCUGGAAGCUCGCUGCCUAAUUAAUGGUUUUAAGGAUUAUGCUCUGACAAGUGCUCUCAGGGACCACCGUUUCCCCCCAAUACAAGCUGGAGAAUUACCUUUUCUAGAAUGUACAGUUUCCAUCCUAACUAAUUAUGAAACUGCAGCCAACUACCUUGACUGGGAGGUGGGAAUGCAUGGAAUAAUUAUUGAAUUUACUGACCCUGAUUAUAAAGCAAGGAGAAGUGCCACAUACCUACCUGAGAUUGCUGCUCAUGAAGGCUGGACAAAGAUUGAAGCAAUCGACUCUCUGGUAAGAAAAGCCGGUUACAAUGGAAUUAUAACUGAAUCACUGAGGAAGCGAAUCCAUCUAACUCGUUACCAGAGCACGUUAUUUACUAUGCACUAUGGUGAAUAUGUGGCCUAUGUGAAGAAUAGUAGAGGUGUCACUCCAACUAUUAAUGGUGUGAAACCUUGAGAGUGUGGAUUUUUGGGAAGCACCAUCUACUGAGAUCAGUAGAUAAUUUUAGUUGACUGGGUUGGAAUAACUUGUUUUGAAUUCCAGUCAGUAAUUGUUGUCACAAGUGCUUACAUUAUUCUUCUAAAUCGCAUUUGGUAAAAAUAAUUCAAGUUUGACCACUUCAACAAAGUGCAUUUGUGAUUAACUAAAUGAUGUAAUAUAAUUAAUUGUC